AUGAUAAAUGAUUUAGAUAUUAACUUGUGUCCCCUUUCUCCUUUAGAAUUCCAGACUAAUCAACAACAGCUGAUUUCUGAGUAAUUCUUGGACGAAAAUUGUUCAAAAAAAUGUAGAGUUAGUUCCCAAUGCUUACUUUUUAAAAAGUACUAUUUUUAGAAUCAUUAUAGAAAAAUUCGUCAUAAGAAGUCUAGACCAUCCAUUCUUCGUAUCGAAGAGGUCGUUAGAAACGUGAAGAUAUACAAUAAUUGCUCCAGCCAAUAGAAUCUUGAGAAUCUAGAAAUUAUCUAAAACAAACCCCUUGUAAAAUCUGGUUGA